AUGCUAGACCAGUCUUCCGGCAUCGUCGCGCACGUCGUGCGCCACUGCGGGAAACUCGUCUAUCAGGAGUACGCAGACGUCAACAUAGUAACGCAACUGACUGGGGGUGGCAAUUUCAGAUACUUGGAGGCUGUCACUGACGAGCGAUUUUCGAUUGUGGUCAUCGUGCCCCCGGGUCCCGCCCUGCGAAAGGGUGAAUGGGCCCAGAUCUGUGUGGAGUUGGAGGGAGGCAGGAGAAUCAUCAAGAAGACAUUGAAGACAUUGGAGCCGGAGACCACUGCACACGUCUUCGAUGGCAUGAGAGUCUUCGACGGGUUGUACUGGCGCAACCACCGCAUGGUUUUUGGCGAGAUCCAGUCCGGCGCGCCUACGCUGGACGACGAUCGACUCUCCGAGGAGAAGAAGAGUCGUGGUACCAUUUCCAUCACCGUCAAGACUGGCUACCCCAAGUGGGAAGAGGAAGCCGUCGCUCCAGCUUUGUACGCACUCUUCGCUUCGAGUGAGGUGCUUGAGCACAAAUCUCACGGCCUCAAAAGCGCAACGCAUAUCAAUCCACACUGUGGCGGCCCAAGGCAAGGGGUAGUUCUCGUCCCGUACACCGGCGAUGAUGCAGUCGUCGAACUUGCUUCGUUCAAAUUCUGCUAUGUGUCUCGUGCUAUCCUGAUAGGGCGCGGCAUCACUCCAAAUGAACAGGCGCCCGCUGUCACUGUCGACGCAUCCGAUACCCCUAGCGGUCAACCCACUGAGCAGGCCGUGCGCAGAGACUCCCUCGAACCCACCCAGCGCUCCGCUUUGCCACUCAAGCGCAGCGCGACCACCACUGAUCUCUCCGAAGACGAAUCUGGCCCAUCAAGAAAGCAGAGCAAGGCGGGGGCAGCUCCUUCUACGCCAAGGCAGCCUGGGUCCAACCCAAGACGCUUCGCGGUCACCUUCGAGCGCGACCCAAAACCCACUCAGCCUGCGUCAAACCCGAAACGCUUCAACGUCUGCUUCGAGCGCGAUUCGAAAACCACUCCGGCUGCUCCAGACCCAAUCCUCUCAGAAGGACGCAGCGGCCCACACUCAGGAGCGGAGAUCAGCCGCACCGCCGUCGUGCUGAGCGGAUCUUCGGAGGAAACGGGGGCUGGCACUCCAGUAACAAAGCAAGCAGCCACCGACUCCGCACGUGCAGACGUAGGGGCAACGGACAAGACAGCAACGCCAGCUGCGGCGCAGAAGGAGAAGGAGAAGAAGAGGCUCAUGCUCAUGCUAGAGGAGAACAAGAUCAUGCAGAGGCUGAUGGAGCUUGAGGAGGACAUUGCUUAG